AUGAAGACGGUUCUCUUGGUUGCUAUGGUCUUCGUUUCGGCCUGGAGCAUUUCUCAAAUUUUCCUUAAUAUCUUCAUUUGCACGCCCAUAGCUGCUUUCUGGGAUAAAACUAUUGAAGGCAAAUGCAUUCCGAGAAAUCCGACGUGGUACAUCACAGCAGCUGGGAACAUCGCGACGGAUAUCAUGAUUAUAGUGAUCCCCUUUCCCGUGGUGAUAAAGCUGAAUCUGGCUCGUCGGCAGCGCUUUGUCCUGCUUGGGGUAUUCUGCGUGGGCUUUCUUACAUGUGCCAUCUCUAUGGUUCGCAUGGGUUACCUAGAUAUCCAAGAAGACCUGACCUGGGUCAACGUCGAACCGGCAUGUUGGUCAUUCACCGAACUUUGUUGCGGGCUGCUAUGCGCCUGCGUCCCAACACUGCGGCCUUUCGUCUCACGAUACUUUCCGUCAAUGUCCAGCUAUAAUCGCUCGAGAAAAGCUUACGCUACCAACCAGCCGCCCGAGCCGCACACUUCCAAUCGUUACCACGAGAUCGAACUACAGAACAGACGUCAUAUACAGGGUGAUUUACUUCAAGACGAUAGCCGAUCGACGAGAAUAUUGCGCGUGUCAGAGUUCACGGUAACGGAGACAAGGGAAUUGGCGAAUACAAAAGAUGGGGGAAGGGAAAGCGAUGAUGAGGUUUUAUUGGUAUCUCAUGUGUUUACGGCUCCUCGGCCUACUGAGAAAGCGAGAACCAGGCCAGGCAGAUUGUCAGCUACAGAGUAG